AUGGCAGCAGAAGACAAGAAACGUGUUUGUUAUUUCUAUGAUGCCAACGUUGGUAAUUACCAUUAUGGACCUGGUCAUCCCAUGCGCCCACAUCGAAUUAGAAUGUGCCAUGGAUUAGUAAUGAAUUAUGGACUGUACAAAAAGAUGGAAAUCUAUAGAGCGAAACCAGCCAACAAGUGGGAGAUGACCCAAUUUCAUACAGACGAUUACAUUGAAUUCUUAUCGCGUGUCACUCCUGAAAAUAUGGAUUCGUAUCAGAAAGAUCAAGCCAAAUUUAAUGUGGGUGAUGAUUCGCCUGUGUUUGAAGGUUUAUUCGAGUACUGUGGAUUGAGUGCUGGUGGAUCAAUGGAGGGAGCUGCUAGAUUGAAUCGCGGGCUGUGCGACAUUGCCAUCAACUGGGCUGGUGGUCUUCAUCACGCAAAGAAGUCUGAAGCAUCUGGAUUUUGUUAUGUCAAUGAUAUUGUCUUGGGUAUCCUUGAGUUGCUGCGAUACUAUGCUCGUGUCUUGUACAUUGAUAUUGAUGUCCAUCACGGUGAUGGUGUCGAGGAGGCCUUCUAUACAACAGAUCGCGUCAUGACUGUUAGUUUCCACAAGUAUGGUGAAUUCUUCCCAGGAACUGGUGAAUUGAAGGAUGUUGGUGUGCAAAAAGGCAAAUACUACAGUGUCAAUGUGCCUCUCAGAGACGGCAUUGACGAUGAUAGCUAUCAAUCUACAUUUGAGCCUGUCAUUGAGAAGGUCAUGGAAUGGUACAGACCCGCUGCCGUUGUUUUGCAGUGUGGUGGUGAUUCCUUGAGCGGAGACAAGCUCGGCUGUUUCAACCUCUCCAUGAAGGGCCAUGCCAAUUGCGUCAAAUUUGUCAAAAAGUUCAACCUGCCUACCCUUGUGCUGGGUGGCGGUGGCUACACUAUGCGAAACGUGGCCAGAACAUGGGCUUACGAAACGGGUGUUGUCGUUGGCGAAGAAAUGGGCCCUGACAUGCCUUACAACGACUAUUACGAGUACUUUGGUCCCGAUUACAAGCUGGAUGUACGACCUAGCAACAUGGAAAAUAUGAACACACCCGACUACCUGGAAAAAAUCAAGACUGAAGUGUUUGAGAAUCUAUCGCGCACUCUGUUUGCUCCCAGUGUACAAAUGCAAGAAGUGCCUCGUGAUCACGACAUGUCAGAAGACGAAGAUGAGCAAGAUCCAGACAAUAGAAUGGGCCAAAACUACUGGGAUCGUCGCAUUAUGCCUGAAAACGAAUACUACGACUCGGAUGAAGGAGAGGCACAAGGCGCAGGCGGCAAUUUGAAGAGCAAGCACGAGAGAAAUUACAACGAUGAUAAACCAUCUGAUAUGGAUAUUCAAAUGUCACAGGAAGAAGAGGAUCAAAUCGCUGCAUUGAAUAGUAAUGACAAUCACGAUGAACACGGCAGAGUUCCAAAUGUUGAGCAAGAGAGCAAGCCCGUCAAAGUAGAGCAAAUGGAACAAGAUACAGUGAUGGAGAGCAUGGUAAUUGAUGAUCAGAAUACAGCCUCAGUGCAAGAAGAUAUAGUCAUGACAGAGGCCGUUGAAACAAAAGAGCCUUCCACAUCAACAUCACCAUCUGCUGCUACUGACGCAAUCAUUAGUGAGUCAGAACCUUCAGCUACUGCUCCUCUUGUCGAAGCUGAACACAUUGAAACCACAGCCACCACAGCUGAUAGUCAGUUACCAGCACAUCCGUCUUCAGAAGCUGAUACGACAUCCAGCACAAACAACACAGCCAUUGGCAAUUCAGAUGAGCCUGAAAAGGCUGCUGCUGCUGCUGCUGCUGCCUCAAGCCCUGUCGUUACCAACGCAACAGCCGCAGACAGUGAAGAGGAAGGAGAAGUCAAAUCAAUAAAGUCUCAAUCACCACCACCUCCUACCCCACCUCCUCAAGAGACCGCAUUAUCAUUAUCUACUUCCUCCCCAUCUUCCGCCACUACAACCACUACAGCCGCUAUCAUCACCAAUACUAAUACUACAUCUAGUACCGAUGCUGAUGAUACGGCUGCUGCUCGUGCUGAUGCCACUGCUGAUAAACCUACCGCUGCGGAAAACACAACCGCUACUGCCAUCACCACAUCAGAAGCUGAGCCCAGUGUUGGCACCUCUACUACGACACCUAUCACCACUACUGACACUACCACACAUGAUGAUGGUGUUGAAACCAAACAAGCCUCAGAGCCUGUUAUACCUGAACUCACUGAAGCAGAAAAAGUGAAAGAAUUUACAACAGCUAUUGAAGAAGCUUUAGAAGAUGGUGAAAUUGCAGAGUAG